AACUUCAUCUACAAAUUUGCCGAUCAUUAAACCAUAUAAAAAUGGAGGACAGGGUGGUGGAAGAAUGACAUAAUACCGCGUGCUAAGUGAACCUCGAGUAACGUGAACAUGAAACUGAAAGUUUCAGUUCCUUGUUUUAUACGGAAACACGCUGUGCCUAGUACAUUUAGUUGUUUUUAGUGAAGAAAUACCCAGUCAGAGUGAGUGGAGUCAGCUCUGACACGGCAGGCGGAGCAGGUUCUGCAUACAGGCCGAGUGACAAGUGUUUGAAGUGAUGCAUCUCUGCCAUGCCCUUCAGCUAUCAUAUGUGGUCAGUCUUGUUAUGACUGGAUCUUGCUGUUGCAUGGCCUCUGAAAAGAAGACAUCUUGCAAGGUACAACAUGGCAAAGCUGACUGCAGCCACCUCAGCCUCAAGGAGAUCCCCCCUGACCUUCCCAGGAACAUCACCAGCCUGGAUCUGUCUCACAACAGACUGACGCAACUGCCCCCCGAUGCAUUUAUUCCUUAUCCCGGCCUCCUCCACCUCAGUGUGACCCAUAACAGUAUCACCAAGAUUGACGAGGGUUUGUGUAAGACGCUGGUACUGCUGAGAACUCUGAAUGUGGAGCACAAUGAAGUGCAUUUACUGCAUGAAAAAGAUCUGAGCCACUGUACCAACUUAACGUGGCUGAAUAUGGCUUUUAAUAGGCUGAAGCUUAAAGGAGAGCCCUUCUCUGCCCUAGAGAGCCUGACUUUUCUAGAUGUGUCCAAAAACAACCUGAUGUCAGCAAGGCUUGGAUCUCAGCCUCAGCUCCCUAACAUUGUCACCAUUACCUUCUCUAGUAAUACCAUAUCUGCUUUGAAGAAAGAUGACUUCUUCUUCCUCAGCCAUUCAUCGUUUCUGCAAGUCCUCAACCUGUCAUCUCUGCCUCUGAAAACGUUUGAACCAGGUUGCUUCAAGCCCAUUACAAACAUAAAAACUGUCAUCAUGGAUGGGAGCAAUAUGGGCACUGAUGCCAUUUCCAAACUCUGCUCGGAGCUAUCAGGGACUGCCAUUAAUGUCUUGUCUCUGCAGAAGGUGAAUCUAGUUACACUAACAAAUACAACUUUUCGUGGGCUACAGAAAAGCAAUCUCACCUUUCUGGAUCUAUCCGGCAAUGGUAUGGGUAAAAUUGAGGAAGGAUCAUUUCAGUGGCUGCCGAGACUGGAGAAUCUGUUUCUGACAGACAACAAAAUCAAGCACCUGACAAAGGGCACAUUUCAUGGACUCAAAAAUUUGAAAAAACUCAACCUGAGAAAGUCUCUGGUGAAUAUUGAUGAUUUUUCCUUUCAAUCGUUAAUUGCACUGGAGACCUUAAUAUUAGUGCACACUACAAUUAGAGAAAUCACACAGCACACCUUUGCGGGCUUGACAAGUCUCCGUGACCUUGAAAUGGGCUGGUGCACUUGCGCAAGUCUCAGAAACAUCAACAGCACGACCUUUGUCUCACUAGCAGCAUCACCUCUCAGGAAGCUGAAUCUGACAGCCACAGCUAUAUCACAGAUCGGUCCUGGAUCGUUCUCCAUUUUGGGGAACCUUACCUCUCUUUUUAUGGAUUUGAACUUUAUCAAACAAACUUUAACAGGGCAAGAGUUUGAAGGUCUAGGUCAGAUUCAAGAAAUUAACCUAUCCAACAACCGCCAGACAGUUAAGCUUAGCAAUGCUUCUUUUAUUCAUAUGCCCAAUCUUAAAGUACUAAUAUUGCGAAGAAGUCUAGUAGGCACUUUGAACCUGAAUCCCUCUCCAUUCAAGCCCCUGUCCAACCUCACCAUCCUGGACCUCAGCAACAACAAUAUUGCUGAUAUCAGAAAAGAUAUGUUGGAAGGACUGGUGAACCUGAAAGUACUGAAGCUCCAACACAAUAACUUAGCUCGCCUGUGGAAGAGUGCCAUCUCAGGUGGGCCCGUCUUGUUUCUCGGGGGGCUUCAGAGCUUAUCCACCUUGGUGAUGGAUUAUAAUGGGCUGGAUGAAAUCCCACUGAAGGCUUUGAGAGGGUUGACGAAACUCCAAGAACUAAGCUUUAACGGUAAUCUCCUAGACAAUAUUAAGGACACAGUCUUUGAUGACCUGCACUCACUGCGGGCUUUACAUUUACAGAAGAACCUGAUCACAGCUGUGAGACCAGAAGUAUUCAAGUCAGCUAUGACCAACCUGAGUCUGCUGGUUAUGAACAAAAAUCCAUUUGACUGUACCUGUGAGAGCAUCCUGUGGUUUGUAACAUGGCUGAACACAACCAAUGCCAGCGUGCCAUAUCUCAGUGACCAGUAUGUGUGCAACACUCCCUUAGCCUAUUUUAACCAUGCUGUGAUGCACUUUGACACACUCUCUUGCAAAGACAUGACUCCGUUUCAGACUCUUUAUAUACUAAGCAGCACGGCUGUUAUUACACUGAUGGUAACUGCGCUUCUGGUUCGGUUCCAUGGUUGGAGGAUUCAGUUUUAUUGGAACAUUAUGAUCAAUCGCACGUUGGGUUUCAGUGAUGCCAGAGUUGAAGAGGGCAGGGAAUUUGAGUAUGAUGCUUAUGUCAUACAUGCGGAGGAAGACAUCAAAUGGGUGGAGAGAAGACUGCUCCCUUUAGAGGAUGAAAAUUACACAUUUUGUUUGGAGGAUCGAGAUUCAGUGCCUGGCAUGUCACGGCUUGAAUCCAUUGUAGAUAAUAUGAGAAGAUCCAGGAAAAUCUUAUUUGUUGUGACUGAAAGUCUUCUCAAGGAUCAGUGGUGUAGACGAUUCAAAGCCCACCAUGCGCUCCAUCAGGUGAUUGAAGCCAGCAGGGACUCAGUGGUCCUGGUUUUCCUUCAGGACAUGCACGACUACAAAUUAUCCCACUCAUUGUUCCUGCGAAGAGGCAUGCUACGUCCACGCUGCAUCCUCACUGGCCUGUCCAUAAGGAAAGGGUUCCUGCCUUUCAUCAGAAGCUCUGCAUAGCACUUGGCAUGACUAAUCAACUGCAGCAAUGACUUUAUUUCAUGAUUAUAAGUCGAAAAAAAGUGCAUGGGAAAAUAUGUACUAGUCUUAUCAAGAUUGUUUGCAUUUUGAUUGCAUUGAUUGCACUGUAGUUAAAAAACAAACCAACAAAAAAACAGUUAAUUUUAGGUCAUGCAUUCCAUUUUUCAUAUAUUAACUUUUUAUUUGAUAUAAGCAUGAUUUUGGAAGUGUUUUUUUUUUUUUUUAAGUUUCAUUUAAAAUGUUUUGUAUUUUGGUUUAUUUAAUCACUUUAUAAAUAAGAAAUGAUUUUUGCAAAUCAAGUUUUAAUUCAACUUAAUGUCACAGGCCUGAACACAGAGGCCAAAAGGUUUUUUUUGUUUGUUUGUUUUUUUUAAAUUGAUCUAAUCAUUUGUUAUGUGGGACUGCUGAAUGGGAUGUAUAACGUGAUGUAUGUACAAUAUUCAGAUUGUCUAGUAAAGCAUAUUAUGAAUCAUUAUGAAUCUUUUGCUUCCUCAGGUCUGCUUAUGUUUUAUGUCAUCCUGACAUCUAGUGGCUAUUGUAAUAAACUACAACCUGCAACC